AGCCGCCAGCUGACUGAGGUGUCAGGCAGGCAGCCCCGAGUGGAGAGUGGAGCGGGGAGUGAGGAGCACUGCGCCACGCUACGCUCAGCUCGGCUACGCUGCUACGCUAGCUACGCUACACGGGCAGCAGGCUACGCUCGCCUCGCCAGCCAGGCCAGCCAGCGGCCCAGGCCCCAGAGGAGGCCAGUGCCAGUCCCAGGCCAGCCAGCGGCCCAGGCAAGGAUGGCCCAGCAGCCCCCGCAGCCCCCGGGGGCGCAGGGCCCCCCGCAGGGUUCGCAGCAGCCCCUCAGGGGGAGGAAAUCGUCCGGGUCCGGCCCCAUGAGGGCCACCCUGCCCAUGGCUUCGCUGCUGAGGAAGAACGACAACAGCAGUCCGAGCGGCCUGGGCCUGGGCCCCGGCGGCGGCCCCAGCCUGUCCCUGUCCCCCACAGCUGCUUGGAGGGCCCUCUCGGGCCAGCGCUCUCCCGGGGCGCUAGCCACCCUGUCGUACAAAGCCAAAUCCAAGACACUUAGUGGCCGUCCUAGCCAUGGAUUAGGAAGUAGCAACAGUGUCAUUCGUCGAACAGCAUCUUUAGAUACUCUUUACCUCCAGGGGCAGUGGCCAAGAGAUUCAUUCAAUCUUCAGGUUGACAAAGCAACUCAGACUGAAGAUUGGCUUCUGGGAGAUAGUAGAAAAUACCGCUAUGAUUAUUCCUGUAAUGAGGAUAAAUUGGAAAAAUACAUAAGGCACAGACUACAACGGACUAGCAAAGAACCCACUAGCAGUCGGGAAAGGACAGCGGCAUUUGGACUCAUUAUGUCUCCAAACCUUCCAUCCCCGGCCUCCUCACACCACAGUGACCAUAGCACCGUUACGUCCCCUAGUGCUGGAAGUCAGACAAGCACUGCCUCUGGCUCUCCCCUUCAUAAAGCUAUGCCUGUCAAUAUACCCACCUGGAAACAACCAGCUGCCAACAGACCUCCAAUGCGUAGUUCCAUUGAGGGUCUUAAUCAAGAAAUUGAAAGGCUUGUCCUCAAAGGCACCAAAGGUGGUGCACAUGAUCAGGAGAGAGAAGAAGAAAAGACUUAUCAAUUAGCUACCCCUGAAGGUCACCGUGCACCCUUAGCAGAUAUGCUCCGAUCUACACGUUCUCGAUCAGUGAAUACGCAAACGCCUGCUGGUGGAGACUUCGCCACUCACAGUUCUCAAUCUUCAGGACCUCCAUCCCGUGAAUCAGCUUCCCCUUUAAUUGCUGGAGUGAUGGAACUGUCAAGACCACCCAGUGAAUCACAAGUUGGCAGUGGCGACUCUUCUCCUGAUCGUGAUGCUGGAAAGUUGGGCACCUCUCCACAUAUCAACAAGUUUCUUGCAAGGGAACCACCAGAUGGUUGUGAAAAAGUGAACCUGAAAUUUGUUGAGGAUAAUAGGCGUCCUAUGAUUGACUUCACAACAUAUGGAAACUUGAAACCAUGUGUCUCAGUUCAAUUCAAACCUUCUUUGGGAUCAGCAUUCAUGCCGCUUCAAACACUAUCUUCAGCAGCUCAUGUUUCACCAAGUGAACCUGCUGUAAAUGGAACAUCAAGCCCAGAUCCAGAAGCAGAUGGCCCAAGUACCAAUGAAGAUACAUCUGGGAUCUGAUGUGUCUUACUUUUAUGUGAUAAAAAACCUGUAAUAGGAAAGCUUAACACUUUUUGUGUAGGUUGGCAUUGCAUUAGCUUUCCACUCUGACCAAUAACUUCUUUGUUUUCUAAUUUUUUUACACUCAAAGAAAGGAAGAGGUGUGAAUGGCUUUAAAGUUCAAAGCCAGAUGAAGUACAUAUUUUGUUAUGUAUGCGUUCAUUUCAAUAUUUUCCCUUUGUAAGUGAUCUGAAAAAUUCAUUUUGUCUGGGUGGAAAGACGUGCUGAGGACCAAAAGCCACCGGGGUUUGCCUGUGGUCUCUUGCUUCCUUUGACAUGGUGUAUUGCAAAACAUUCUCUAAGGAGCUCCUCUAAGAAGAGGCAGCUCUCAUCAUAUCAUAAGCAAACUUAUCCUUCCACAUUGUCCUUAAUUGUAAAUAUAAAUUAACUUAAAAUUAUUAAGUUAUGCAAAGCCACUUGCAUCUGCAUGUGCAAAGAUUAGCUUCAUUAUCUUUGUUCAGUUCAUUCUUCACCUCAUUAGUACAAAUUCAAUCAAGUUGAUAGGUAUGUGGAAUGUCCAUUUAUGUUACCUAAUAAACUAUAAUUUCUUCAAUGUGAGUUUAAAGAAGUUCUCAGGGUAGGAACGUAAUAUUAUUUUUCAAAGUAUAUAUGUGUUUCAUUGUACUUUAGAAAUUUAUUGAAUAA